UUUAACCAGUUUAAAUACUUCUUCAACCUGUACUUCCUGCUGCUGGCAUGCUCUCAGUUUGUACCAGAGUUGAGGCUGGGAGCUCUGUACACCUAUUGGGCACCCUGGGAUUUGUCUUGGGGGUCACAGUCAUCCGAGAGGCUGUGGAGGAGAUCAGAUGUUAUGUUCGAGACAAAGAAGUAAACUCGCAGAUCUACAGCAAGCUCACAGCUAGAGGUACUGCGAUUGUGAAGAGCUCAAACAUUCAAGUGGGGGAUCUCAUUAUAGUCGAUAAGAACCAGCGGGUUCCUGCUGACAUGAUCUUCCUCCGAACAUCUGACAAAAGUGGUUCCUGUUUUAUCCGCACAGAUCAGUUAGAUGGAGAGACUGACUGGAAGAUGCGACUGCCUGUGGGCUGUACACAGAGAUUGCCCAUCAUGGGAGACCUUCUACAAAUCCGAUCUUACAUUUACGCAGAAGAACCGAGUCUGGAUAUCCAUGGGUUUGUGGGAACCUUCACUCGGGAGGACAGUGACCCACCUGUUAAUGAGAGCUUAAGCAUUGAAAACACUCUCUGGGCCAGCACGGUUGUUGCUUCUGGUACCGCUGUGGGAGUUGUCAUUUACACAGGAAAAGAGAUGAGGAGUGUGAUGAAUACCUCCAACCCAAAGAAUAAGAUGGGGCUGUUUGACCUGGAGGUGAACUGUUUGAUGAAGAUCCUGUUUGUGGCUCUGGUGGUGCUGUCCCUUGUAAUGGUUGCCCUGCAGCAUUUCCGGGGUCGUUGGUAUCUCCAUUUGUGUCGCUUCAUCCUUCUGCUUUCCCAUAUCGUCCCCAUCAGUAUUCGUGUCAACCUGGACAUGGGAAAGAUGGUGUACAGUUGGAUGAUUCGGAGAGACUCUAAGAUUCCUGGCACAGUGGUCCGUGCCAGCACCAUCCCAGAGCAGCUUGGGAGAAUUUCCUAUGUUCUAACAGACAAGACGGGAACUCUUACCCAGAAUGAGAUGGUGUUCAGGCGGCUUCACCUCGGCACCGUAUCCUACGGGAUGGACUCCAUGGACGAGGUGCAAAGCCACAUUUUUAGUGCGUACACACAGCCACCUGUGUCAUCGCAGGAUAAGGCCCCCUCGGCAGCUCCGAAGAUCCGUAAAACGGUGAGCGUGCGUGUUCACGAGGCAGUGAAAGCCAUCGCACUCUGCCACAAUGUCACCCCCGUCUACGAGUCCCACGGACCUGAGUGCACCGACCAAGCUGAAGCUGAACAAAACUACGAAGAUGCCUGUCGUAUUUACCAAGCAGCUAGUCCUGAUGAGGUGGCCUUGGUGCAGUGGACGGAGAGCAUUGGCCUGACUCUGGUCGGCCGGGACCAAUCCUCCAUGCAGCUGAGGACGCCUGGUGGCCAGAUUCUGAAUUUUAGUAUCCUGCAGGUGUUUCCGUUUACGUACGAGAGCAAGCGGAUGGGGAUUAUUGUCAAAGAUGAAUCAACGGGAGAGGUUACAUUCUACAUGAAGGGAGCUGAUGUGGUGAUGAUGGGAAUUGUUCAGUACAAUGACUGGCUUGAAGAAGAGUGCGGCAACAUGGCCAGAGAAGGUCUCCGAGUUCUAGUGGUGGCCAAGAAGUCCCUGACAGAGGAGCAGUAUCAGGAUUUUGAGAACCGUUACAAUCAGGCGAAGCUGAGCGUACACGACCGCUCGUUGAAAGUGGCGACUGUGAUAGAGAGUUUGGAGAUGGAGAUGGAGCUGCUUUGUCUGACUGGAGUGGAGGACCAGCUGCAGGCUGACGUCAGGCCCACCCUGGAGAUGCUGAGGAACGCGGGGAUAAAGGUGUGGAUGCUCACUGGGGACAAACUUGAAACGGCAACUUGUACGGCAAAGAAUGCACAUCUUGUGACCAGGAAUCAGGAUAUCCACAUCUUCCGGACUGUUACUAAUCGAGGAGAAGCUCACCUGGAACUGAACGCUUUCAGGAGGAAACACGAUUGUGCAUUGGUAAUAUCUGGAGACUCGCUAGAGGUGUGCCUGAAGUUCUACGAGUACGAGUUCAUGGAGUUGGCCUGCCAGUGUCCUGCGGUCAUUUGUUGUCGAUGCGCUCCAACCCAGAAAGCCCAGAUCAUUCGGUUGUUGCAGCAGAGGACUCGCAAACUGACGUGUGCAGUGGGCGAUGGAGGCAAUGACGUCAGCAUGAUCCAGGCGGCUGAUUGCGGAGUGGGGAUUGAAGGCAAGGAAGGAAAGCAGGCCUCCCUAGCGUCAGAUUUCUCCAUCACUCAGUUCAAACACCUGGGCAGAUUACUGAUGGUUCAUGGACGCAACAGCUACAAGAGGUCGGCUGCGCUCAGCCAGUUUGUGAUUCACAGAAGCCUGUGUAUCAGCACAAUGCAGGCUGUUUUCUCUUCAGUAUUUUAUUUUGCAUCCAUUCCUCUGUACCAAGGAUUCCUCGUUAUUGGCUAUUCCACCAUUUAUACAAUGUUCCCAGUCUUCUCUCUGGUGCUGGACAAGGAUGUCAAGUCUGAAGUGGCAAUGCUGUAUCCAGAACUCUACAAAGAUCUUACUAAGGGUCGACCACUCUGCUUCAAAACCUUUUUGAUAUGGGUUUUAAUUAGCAUAUACCAAGGUGGCAUUAUAAUGUACGGAGCCCUGCUGCUGUUCGACUCGGAGUUUGUACAUGUGGUGGCCAUUUCCUUCACCUCGCUCAUUCUCACUGAGUUACUGAUGGUAGCGCUCACAAUCCAGACAUGGCACUGGCUUAUGGUGGUUGCAGAGCUUCUCAGCCUCAGCUCCUACAUCGCCUCUCUCGUCUUCUUGCAUGAGUUUAUAGAUGUCUACUUUAUCAUCACUUUGUCCUUCCUGUGGAAGGUGACAGUCAUCACUCUUGUCAGCUGCCUUCCGCUGUACAUAUUGAAGUACCUCAGAAGGAGAUUCUCUCCACCAAGUUACUCCAAGCUUACCUCGUAAACCCCGCAACACGGACAAUAGCUCCUCAAGGGAGUCGCUUUGUGGUAUUCAACUGACAAUUUGCAAGCACUACUGACGGGACUAAACUGGUACUGUAACAGUCGCCAGUCGCGGCCAACUACUGAGAACUCGCAUAAUAACUGGCUUAAAGUGACCAUCGGGGGGACGACAGAGAGAGGCGGCUGCUGUAGAAUAAUAGGAUUUAACAAAAAGGGAAUGGCAGCGCUGAUCAAAACUAGGAGGGUAGGCAGGAGACUGAUUCACGUUGGAAAAUGGGGCCAAUCGACCACUUGACGAAACAGAAUGGUUUGACCACGGCAUCAUCUAUUUAUUUCUUUGUAAUCUGUUCCCUCAGCUGCCUCUAUUGCCCCAUGUCUCAGCUGUUAGCUUCUUCUCUCCCCCCACAACCACUACCCUCCUACCUUACAUUUGUCACUUAGCAGCAUAUUUGUUUUAAGCUUUAAAAUAUUCCCUUUAUUGCCCCUGAUUCAUCUUGGAUGCUUCGUCACCCCGGUUUCUUCCAUGUGGCUGAGAUCCAUUUCAAUGUGGAUUACGGUGUGGGGCAAGUUCUUCAGAAGCUCUUGUUCUUGAAACUGAUGUGUUUAAUCAGGCGGUAUCUUCUUCUACUAUAUGUGCGUGUUAUUUGUGUGGGGAGCAGGGGAAUUGGCCCAUAAAAUUAAAAGUGGGGAGGAGGGGGGAGAUUGAGUAACACACAAUGCGCAUAGACACUUUAUAUUCACAGGUUUUUAAAGAUGCAGUGCUCUAAAAUUUCCAAAGUAGCAGUUUGUUUUCAGUCCUUCUUAAUCAGUGUUUCGAAGCAUUUUGUUGAGGGGGAGCAGCUUGUCUUAAUCUGGAACCUAAUGCUUUUGAUGACCGAAAUAGCUGAUGCUAUUAACAUGAUCUAAGUAAGAUUGAACCUCUCAUUGGCGCUAAAUGCAAAAUCUUGUUCUUUUCAAACUGCUUUUAGUGGGAUGAGAUGGUAUUAAUAAUCAUGUCCUGUGAACGUUCUUUUUAAAACGUACCUGAUUUGGGAUCAGGCAGAACUGGAAUAAAGAAGAGGUUUGUGCAAAGAGGUUUGAGUUUACUUAGAUAAUAAUGUAGAAAAAAACAUGUUUUUAAUUCUAACUUGGGUAAAGUUGCAUCUGGUUUUCAGCUG